UGCGGGAGAUCCUUGCUGAGCCGAUCCCGCCCCUGCCAGGAGCCCGGGCCGGAAGAUGGCGGCGGCCGCUGAGCUGACGCUUCUGGAGAAGUCUCUGGGGCUGAGUAAAGGGAACAAAUACAGCGCCCAGGGCGAGCGCCAGAUUCCAGUUCUUCAGACAAACAAUGGCCCAAGUCUAACAGGACUGACCACAAUAGCAGCUCAUCUCGUCAAGCAGGCCAACAAGGAGCAUUUGCUGGGAAGCACCGCAGAGGAGAAGGCAGUGGUUCAGCAGUGGCUGGAGUACAGGGUCACUCGAGUGGACGGCCGGCUCGGUCCAGACUCCAUCCGCGCCGUGCUGAAGGAUCUUAAUUCAUAUCUUGAAGAUAAAGUCUACCUUACAGGAUAUAACUUUACGUUAGCAGAUAUCCUAUUAUACUAUGGACUUCAUCGCUUUAUUGUUGACCUGACAGUUCAAGAAAAGGAGAAAUAUCUUAAUGUGUCUCGCUGGUUUUGUCACAUUCAACAUUAUCCAGGCAUCAGGCAACAUCUGCCCCGUGUUGUCUUCAUCAAGAACAGACUGUAUGCUAAUUCCCACUAGAAGCCACCCGGGCCGCACAGAAGACUGAUUACCAUAGUUUAAAUGGGAAGUGCAUUCUGGACCAGAGAACUGACGUAACUUAACAUGCAGUCAUUCUUUAUUUGUUAAAGUUGGUAGAAUUUUUAACGUAUAAACUUGUGUUCUUUGGUUGACAUGUCUGCAGGUUUUUUCCUUUUAAUGUCAAACUUCAGCUGCUGUCAAAAGUUGAGUUGAGAUCAAGUCAUAGAUUACCUUGUUUUUAUAGAGGAAAUUUAUUUUAAUAAAACUUGCAAAUCAGUGGCUUAAUCUUUAAAAAAAUAGUCCUUUCAGUGGUUGACAUUUAGCUAUUUAUUGACCUCUUUCAUCUUUUAAAAUUCAUUUUCCCCUUCUGAAUAUUUAUGGUAGUUUGUUUAUUAAGAACUAUAUAAACUGUGCCAAGGAUACCAAAAAGGAGAGACAGAUGGAUUUGUUUUCAUAUAUUUAUGUGAGCCAGUAAACAUGGUGGGAAAAAC